GUCAAUCACACUGACUUUUAUUCACUGCGCAAUCGUCCCAUCGCUCUGAGCAUUGAGACCAAGGGUGCGAGUAAUACGCCAGCAGGGUCUGCUGAAUUGCAGAUAGGGACAUGGCACUCAGCGCAAUGGCGGUCCCUGGAAGACCUGGUUUCACGCAAUGCUGGUUCUAUGGAUGGGCUGCCGUUUCUACCUGCUAUCAUCGCCCAGGGACAUCAGUGGAGUUUUACUGCCACGACAAGAGUGGGGCAGAAGACGGUCUUGUGGCUUCCCUUCCAGUUUGGUUCGACAGAUGAUGUGAUAGGUGUUUAUAGGACUGUCUUGGGACUUCAGCAACUAUGUCGUUGGGUUGAGGGUGUCUUCUGGCCAUGGUAUAAGAGAAACGCACUGGGUAUAUCAGAGGAUGGGGGUUGUACAUCAUAG